AUGCCGCUCAAGCGCUCAAAACUUCGGGCAGUCCGUGCGGGGAGGAACAUCAGCGCCGCUGUAGUACUUUUGCUUGGAGCGGUCCACGCUGAAGCCUGUAUACCUGCGUUGACUCAAUUCGCCACCGCUCAUCCUGAUGCCCCCGUUGCGCUGGUCGCACUCUUGUAUCAUCGCUCCAUUCUAUCUCUCGCUGAUACAGUACUCGCCACACGUCCGCUGACGUCUACCUGCCACACCGCCACCGCACAAGCUCUCAGGAAGAUGGAGAUGUUCGCAGCAGGGAAUAGGCAUGGUAGUGCGCCUGUGUGCGUGCUACAUGCAGUCUGGGCUCUCGCUACUUUUUAUACCUUGGCUUUCCUGCAUUACAACACCUUCAUCUCCUGCAUGGUCCUCUGCUAUGCCUUCCUACCUUCUUCUCUGCGUACCGUAUUGACUACUGUACACGAUAACUUCAAGAUCAUGUGUACCACGAAAGACCCUUGGAGACCUCUUGCAGCAGUGGCGCUACGUGUCAUUGUGUCUGCCGUGGUCCCCCCGCCCAUCAGCGUCACUGAGCUUUCCAUACCUGCCGAUAGCUACGAGUCCUCUGCGACUGACGACGAAAGUCUCCCCCCUGAGGACGUCUUCGAAUUCAAGUAUAGCGAUGCAGGGCUCCAGGAUCGUGGGAUUGAGCUGAUGGCACAUGUUACGAACUUUAUCUUCAGCCCUGUACACGAAAGAACCCCCGAAGAGUGUAAAGCAAUAGCGAUGAAUCGGAGACAGCAAGACCCGCGACCUGAUAUCGCACGCCCCUCCCCGGAGUAUCUGCUUGAGCUCGAAGAGGAAGAGCAUCGGCAAGAAUUGCAUCGGCAGAGCUUGAUCACGCGUAGAAGGCGAGCCCGGGUUUUCGAAAUGCUGUUAUCUUUACCUCCCGUCCCUUAUCAACUGGGCUACAUUGCAUUCCCUAUUCCAGACUAUCCCUACUCUAAGGAUAUCGAGCGUGAUUCUCUUCAGAAGCCCUUGCUUCCUUCUCAAAUCGUGCAGACUAUGUGUCAGCCCAUUCUACAAGGCUUCACCUUUGCAAGCUCUGUGCCCUAUACACCUGGACCUGGAUAUCCACCCUACCAACUAUCCUCGCGAUUUGAGCCCGUCUCUUCGCCGUUCGCCGCUAGUGCUACACUGUCUGGUUUCAAUCAAGUGCCCAACAUUCCAGUCCCGAAUACCACAGAUUAUGGCAACAAGCAAACGCUAGCUGAUCAAUCUAUCCCAUUUGUCGAUAUCGCGACCUUUGCGUCAUUGCCCGCUUCCGUAAACAAUCCUUUCGCGGCCUAUGCGGCACCCACCUCGCCAUUUGUGACAAGAAGUUCAGCUAUGGCACCCAGUACACUGGUGCCGAACACUCCCGGCGACAACAGCAACAAUGGCGUAUCCGCCGCGACUGACGAGCCCUUCACUCCCGCAGCCCCAACUAGCUCUGUUGCUUCACACAAUGCGUCCAACAACCCCUUCGCAGCAUACGUCUCCUCAGCUUCGCCUUUCGCGACUGGCUCUCCACCUUCAUCCGUUUUCAGUAAACCAGCGGCAAUGCUAGCUCAAAACGCUUCGGUAUCGAAUGCUGCAUCUCAACAGACAUCCAGUUUCGACGCGGCAACGCGACAGCGUAACGACGAAGGUUACGAGAUCAUUGACGAGGAUGCCUAUUACGCUUAG